AUGCCUAAUAUCCUCAAUGGAACAGUCACAAAGGCGGGCGCGAUGGCCAAGACUAUCACUGUCACUAUCACAAGACGAUUCGAACAUCCUAAAUACAUAAAGCGGUUAGAGCGGACGACAAAGCUCCUCGUUCAUGAUGAGCUUAAUGAAGCGAAAAUAGGCGAUCGAGUCUCAAUCACCCAUACGCGCCCAUUAUCCCGCACCAAAAACUUCUAUCUUUCAGCCAUCAACGCCCGACCAGCGGAAAGCCUGCAAAAUAUACCAUUAGCGGCGGGACCACCGGAGCUUCCGGCAGCGAGGACAAUGCAGCAGGUCAGGAGACGCGCGGAGGCGGAGGCGGCAAAGGGGACUAGAGGGGCGGCAGCGGUGGUGGGCAGUGUCGGGUCGGCGGAGAAGGAGGCGGAAGGGGGUGUAGCAGGACUGCUCCCGGAUCUGGGUCUGGCAUCUGGGGAGAGCAAGGGAGAGGAGAUGGUUGCAAGAUGA